AUGGCUAAUGUUCCCGACCGAUUGUGUUAUGUGUAUAGCUGUGAUUUGGACGUCAAUGUUGAAAUAAAAAUUGGAACUUUGGAAGGUCACAGAGAGAGGCCAAGUUAUAAAGACUUUUUAAAUGAUCCAACCUUAAAGUUUUCAGGAGUUUAUUGUGAUGGCUGUUCAGAUCUUUAUGUUACAUGCCAAGUAUUCUCCGAUUCGAGAUCAUUAUCACUUCCUGUUCAGACUUCAUUCAAAUCUUUCACUACCAGAUGGAACUGGAAUGAAUGGCUGAAAUUACCAGUGAAAUAUAGUGAUCUCCCCAGAAAUGCAAUGCUUGCACUGACAGUCUGGGAUCUGUAUGGCACUAACAAAUCUGUUCCAGUUGGGGGUACUGUUAUUAAUCUAUUUGGUAAACGAGGAACAUUCCGACAAGGUAUGCAUGAUUUGCAAGUGUGGCCUAAUGUUGUAGCUGAUCCUUGUCCCCAAUCUACAACACCUGGCAAAUCUAAAGAUAAGAAUGAUCAAAUGAGUCGUCUGCUUAAGCUCAGCAAGAAAUACCGUGAUGGUCACAUGGUCAAAGUUGAUUGGCUUGACAGGCUAACAUUCCGAGAGAUUGAAAUGAUAAAUGAAAAGCAGAAACGGGAUUCCAAUUUCAUGUAUUUAAUGAUUGAGUUCCCUAACAUUCAUUUUGACAAUACUGAAUUUACUGUAGUUUAUUUUGAAAAGAAUGGUGAUAAGUCAUAUCAAUUUCGCACUUAUGCUGAAAUUGUUAAUGUUCCAGAUCAUGAAAUAAUGUUGGAAAACGUUGUGGAAAGUAAACACCAUAAGUUGGUCAGGAGUCUAAGAAGAGGGCCAACUGACCGUGAUAUGAAGCCAGAUGCCAAGACCAGGGACCAGUUGAAUGCAAUUUGUAGCUAUCCAUCAACAAAAGCAUUAACUUCUGAAGAACAAGAUUUAGUUUGGAAGUUUCGUUUUUAUUUAACAAAUCAGAAAAAGGCUUUAACUAAAUUUCUGAAGUGUGUUAAUUGGAGUCUUCCCCAAGAAGUAAAACAGGCUUUAGAGUUGCUUUUAAAAUGGAGUCCUAUGGAUGUGGAAGAUGCAUUAGAACUUCUCACUCCUGCUUUCACACACCCUGCUGUACGCAAAUAUGCUGUUUCUCGGUUGGCACAGGCUGAUGAUGAGGAUUUAUUAUUAUAUCUUUUGCAAUUGGUCCAAGCUCUUAAAUAUGAAGACUAUGAAGAGAUCAAGAAAGGUUUGGAUACUUCGCCCCCUCGGACAGAAUCUUCAAAUGUAAUGGAAGGAACUGUAACAGAUAGGGAAAGGUCUCAGAGUAUUGAUUCCUUUUUGGAUGCUCUUGGUGGUACAUCUUCACGGCAAGAUGAAAGUCCUGAAAACAGAUUAGAAAAAGAAAUGGACCUGGCCACUUUUCUUAUAUCUCGGGCUCGUAAUAACAAUAAAUUAGCAAAUUACUUUUAUUGGUAUUUAUCUGUGGAGGUUUCCGAUCAAGCAUCAACUGCCAAAGAAGGUGAGACAGAAAACAGCAUGUAUCUGUAUGUAAUGAAACGCUUCAGUCAUGCUCUUAUCAAGGGUGGCAAUGAAUGUCGUCUACGGCGUUCUAUGUUGGCACGGCAGUCAGUAUUUAUUGAAGGUCUUGUUAGCCUUGUGAAAAUGGUGGCUCGUGAAGGUGGAAAUCGGAAAAAGAAGAUUGAGAAGUUACAAAGUCUGCUCAGAGACCCUCUGGAUGCAUUCAAAUUCAAUUUUGCUGAUUUUGAACCUCUGCCCUUACCCCUGGACCCUGAUGUGACAGUUCGAGCAAUCAUACCUGAGAGAGCCACAUUAUUUAAGAGUGCCUUGAUGCCAUGUCGUCUCUCAUUUCGUACCAGUGAGGAGAGUGAAUAUGUGACAAUCUUUAAACAUGGGGAUGAUCCUAGACAAGAUCAGCUCAUCCUUCAGAUUAUAUCACUUAUGGAUAAGUUGCUGAAACGAGAAAAUUUAGAUUUAAAACUGACUCCUUACAAAGUUCUUGCUACCAGUAACAAAAAUGGUUUUGUCCAGUAUAUUGAUUCCGUACCUGUAGCUGAAGUCCUAGAUGCUGAAGGAAGUAUUCAGAACUACUUUCGGAAGCAUGCCCCAGCUGAAGGAGCUGCUUAUGGUAUACAACAGGAAGUGAUGGACAAUUAUGUGAAAAGCUGUGCUGGUUAUUGUGUAGUGACCUACCUGCUGGGUGUUGGAGACAGACAUCUAGAUAAUCUCUUGCUCACAAAAACAGGUCGCCUUUUUCAUAUUGAUUUUGGUUACAUUUUGGGCCGAGAUCCUAAACCUCUUCCACCACCAAUGAAGUUGAGCAAAGAAAUGGUUGAAGCAAUGGGUGGAACCAAUUCUGAUCACUUUAAUGACUUCAAGAUCCUUUGUUAUACUGCAUUCUUACAUCUUCGUCGCUCAGCCAAUUUAAUACUUAAUCUUUUCUCCUUAUUGGUGGAUGCCAAUAUACCAGACAUUGCUCUUGAACCUGAUAAAACAGUAAAAAAGGUUCAAGACAAAUUUGUUCUUCAUUUGACCGAUGAAGAAGCUGUACAUUACAUGCAAAAUUUAAUUGAAGUCAGUGUUUCAGCUAUGAUGGCUGCAUUUGUUGAACAAUUGCACAAAAUGGCUCAGUAUUGGAGGAAGUAA